AGAAGCUCUACAUUACCUACAGUGUCAGACAUCGAUGGUGGCCCAAAAUGGACUGGAGGCAAGGAAUUAAAUACUACAGUUUUGAAUUUUUUGGUCAAGAUCAUCCUACCCACACAGCACGGAUUGUCUGAAAUACAUCCAGCAGAUAUCCAAGAUGCACGAUCGGGCGUGAAAAGAAGGCUUCCCUGCACCGUGACGGCGUGAAUCACGAGUCCCGCAGCGCGCGGGGUGCACCCGAGUGUUCGAGGCGUCUCCGCGCGCGGCAGCACUGUCGCGGAGCAGCUGUCAUGGCGGAGCGCGCGUGGCUGCAGUGCGUGGUCGUGCAGUUCGCGCAGCAGGAGCUGCAGCUCGCAUCGAGGCUGGACGCCGUGCAGAGGAGGAGACGGCAGUUCCAUUGCAGGAUCAACACAGUCGACACGAAGAACCCUGCUAUUUCUAAAACACAAGCUUUGAAAAGAAACAAAUCUCUGCUGAAAGAAGUGGAGCUUCAGGCAGCAAAGCUGAGGUCUCGCUCGAUAUUUUGUCCAACAUAUCUGCAUUUGAACACACUUAAAAAGAAGUAUCAAGAAUCCUCGUGAACAAGUUUCUUUCAUCAUAAUUAGGCAUUUACCGAACUGAACAUAGCUUAGCUGUUACUAAAAAAAUUUAGUAUAGUAGAACUAAUAACUUGCUAAUUUGUUUCCAAUAAUAGAAAUUUGAAUUAAUAUGGAAUAAAAAGAUAUAUUAUGGAUUUUUUUAAGUAUACUAUUCCUGCCACCCUCUCAUACAACUUGUGAAAUUUGUAUUUUUUUUAAAUAUAAUUUACAGUGUAAUG